CCCUCGGGACUCUUCCUCCGCUGAUCACCCCUGGCCAAGGUUUCAUCCUCCUGUCUUUACCGCCCAAACUCUGCGAUGCGCCUCCAUCCCGCCCAAACACCAACCUCGCCAGCCUCCCCGACGCUCUGCUCCGUUUGCCUUGCUCUGUCCGGCACCAGCCUUCCCUGGCAUCCGAUCCCGAGGCCCGCAUCAUGUCAGCUGCACAGCCCGAGCCCGCAAGUCUGUCGCGGAGGGUUCAUCAAGAGGUUUCGUGGGAUCGGCUCGACAAGAAACGCUUCAUCGGCUAUGGCAUCGUGUUUUUCUCGGGUGUUCGCGCUUGCGUAUACCCUGCAUCCCUUGUCAAGACUCGCCUUCAGGUCUCGCAUCAGAGCGAAUCGUGUCAGACCCUCAAAACGUUUGCCAACAUUCUACGGAACGAAGGCUUGCUCGCGUUCUACCAGGGCUUUCCCAUCAGCGUCGUCGGCGCUAUCCCGUCCCAGAUGAUCUAUCUUUCGUCCUUUGAAGUUGCCAAACAUGAAUCGCUCAAGAUCUGCCAGGAUAUCCUUGGCUUUGAUCACCAUCGCUCGGUUGCCAUCAGCUAUUUUGCAGGCGGGACCUUUGCCUCCCUUGCCUCGCAGAUCGUCGUGGUGCCAAUCGAUAUCAUCUGCCAGCGAAUGAUGAUCCAAGAAAAACACUCGAGAUCCAAUCUUCCGCUUGCUGGCUUGGCCGGGGCUCCUCCCAACCAGACUACCAUGGAUGUCAUCCGGCACAUUUGGAGGACAGAGGGGCUCUCUGGAUUCUACCGCGGGACGCUUCUCUCGGUGCUGACGUAUGCACCCUCGUCGGGGUGCUGGUGGGGUACCUACAGCCUCGUAAAGGCCCUCAUCCUGCAUUUGGCUGGUCCAUUCUCUCCUGAGAGUGCACGGGCUUCGAAUCUUCUGGUGUCGGCUCCUUCAGGACUUCUCGCUGGCUGCGUCAGUGCGUGCAUUACGACCCCAAUGGAUGUCAUCAAAACGCGCCUGCAACUCAUGGAUCCACCCAACGCUCGUUCCCGCGGGCAUUCAGCCCAGCUCAAGGAUGUUUUGCGAUCACUACUGCGUGAGGAAGGCCUCAGAGGAUUCACAAAGGGCAUGGGCGCACGGAUGCUGCACAUGGGGCCUGUGUCGAUCCUCAACAUUCUUACCUACGAGACAGUCAAGUCUCUUUCCCGCAUUGACGCAUGACCACCCUCGACCGCCGACACCGAUCCUCUCCUUUCCUUUCCUGAUCGAUGGCUUGGUCCAUCAUUCGAUGUCUCCGCACGGUCCGUCUCCGUCGCCAUCCAAGUCAUGGACUCCUCGCGUUCCACUUUCAUCGUUCAUCGAGCGUAUCGGCAUCACAGUAUCCACCGUCACAGUAUCCACCAUCAUGCCCACAUCGCUAGCCAAUGCGAAUUGUGCCAUUCGCUGUGCUUUGCUCGUUGUAGCGUCUCAAUAUACACAUACCCCGCAAU